GAGUAGGCUUUCCUCGCUCGUCACUUAAGGUAGAGCUUCCUUCGCUGGUUCGCGUGAGGGACGGCUUCGAACGAGUCGCUUGUCGGGUUUGCUUUUCCUCCUCUGCAUUUCUUCAGUUCUGCUUCCUGUCGGAUCGGAGUUCGCCGCAAAGUAAGUGAUUCUUAGGCUUGGCUCAAGGUCUGCAGAGGUGCCUGCGAUGGUGGUCGUCGAUGAGGAAAACGGUGAGAUGCAUCCGCUGGAUCUGUUUCUGUCUGUUGGAUUGGAUAAGCGGACGGCGGAGAACGUGCUCGUCAACCCCAAAGUCACUUCCAACCUCACUGCCGUCAUCAAAGAGGCAUGUGUUGUUGAUGGAUGUGGCAAGACUGUUGGAAAUCUUUUGUACACGGUUGCGACUAAGUUCCCAGCCAAUGCACUAAAACAUCGGCCAACUUUACUUGAAUAUAUCGUUUCAUUAAAGAUAAAAUCUCCUGCCCAACUAGAUGCAGCCUUUGCAUUUCUUAUGAACGUUGGGCCCGAGACUUACCAGUUGAAAGACUUUGAAGAAGCUUGCGGUGUAGGAGUGGAGGUCUCCUUGGAAGAAGUUAAAGCUGCAAUUAAUGCAGUGUUGGAAGAAAAUAUGGAUGCUCUAUUGGAGCAACGGUAUCGUAUAAAUGUUGGCAACCUAUGUGGACAAGUUAGGAAGAAACAGCCUUGGGCUGAUGCUAAGACUGUUAAGGAAAUAAUUGAUGCAAGAGUUGCCGAGAUACUUGGUGAGAGGACGGCAGAUGAUGAUAUAAAACCAUUGAAAAAGAAGAAGGAAAAGCCUGUAAAGGUUGAGGAUCAACCUAGUCAUACCAGUGCUCCUGUCACACCACCUGAAGAGGAGUUAAACCCUUUUUCCAUAUUUCCUCAACCUGAGGAGAACUCAAAGGUUCAUACUGAGAUAUUCUUUAGCAAUGGAGAAAUAUGGAGAGCUCACAACAAAAGGGAAAUGCUAGAGAAGCACCUCAAGAUAACUGGAGGAAAGGUUAUAACUCGUUUCCCUCCUGAACCAAAUGGAUAUCUUCACAUUGGACAUGCGAAGGUAUUGGAGAUUGCUGUCUUAAAUAUGAAUAUUAUGUUGUACUUCUGUGAGAUUGCAUUCGUCUCUUAUCUUAUGAUAUUGUUACAGGCCAUGUUUAUUAAUUUUGGUUUAGCCAAGGAGAGAAAUGGUUCAUGUUAUUUGCGGUUUGAUGACACCAAUCCUGAAGCUGAAAAGAAAGAAUAUAUUGAUCAUAUCCAGGAAAUAGUGCAGUGGAUGGGCUGGCAGCCAUUCAAGGUUACAUAUUCCAGUGAUUACUUUCAAGAACUAUAUGAUCUAGCAGUUCUGCUUAUACAGGGAGGUCUAGCUUAUGUUGAUCACCAGACCCCUGAAGAGAUUAAGGAGUAUAGGGAAAAGAAGUUGAAUAGUCCAUGGAGAGAUCGGCCUAUUUCAGAAUCAUUGAAACUUUUUGAUGACAUGAGAAGGGGCUUAAUCGAGGAGGGUAAGGCAACUCUUAGAAUGAAACAAGAUAUGCAGAGUGAAAACAAGAAUAUGUAUGACCUGAUAGCAUACCGUAUUAAGUUCACUCCUCAUCCACAUGCUGGGGACAAGUGGUGCAUCUACCCUAGUUAUGAUUAUACUCACUGCAUAGUGGAUUCUCUUGAGAACAUUACCCAUUCUCUUUGUACCCUCGAGUUUGAGAUUCGCCGCCCUUCAUAUUAUUGGUUACUGAUGGCUUUGGACAUAUACCAACCAUAUGUUUGGGAAUAUUCAAGGUUAAACAUUUCAAAUACAGUUAUGUCCAAGCGUAAGUUGAAUCGUUUGGUCACGGAGAAGUGGGUGGAUGGAUGGGAUGACCCUCGGCUAAUGACUUUAGCUGGGUUGAGACGCCGGGGAGUGUCUUCAACUUCUAUAAAUUCUUUUAUUCGAGGAAUUGGAAUUACAAGAAGUGAUAACAGCAUGAUACGUUAUGACCGUCUUGAAUACCACAUCAGAGAAGAGCUUAACAAAAGUGCACCACGGGCAAUGGUUGUCUUGAAUCCUCUUAAGAUUGUUAUCACAAAUCUUGAUUCUGAAUCGCGAAUGAGCCUUGAUGCAAAGAUGUGGCCUGAUGCUCCUUCAGAGGAUGCAUCCUCUUUCUAUAAGGUUCCUUUCACGAAUGUUGUUUACAUUGAAAGAACGGAUUUUCGUCUCAAGGACUCUAAAGACUACUAUGGGUUUGCUCCCGGAAAAACUGUUUUAUUAAGAUAUGCCUGCCCUAUAAAAUGCACAGAAGUAAUUUAUGGGAAUGAUUCUGAAUCUAUUGUUGAGAUCAGAGCUGAAUAUGACCCAUUGAAGAAAACCAAACCAAAGGGUGUUCUUCAUUGGGUAGCUCAACCUUAUCCAGGAGUUGAACCACUCAAAGUGGAAGUAAGGAUUUUUGAUAAGUUAUUCUUGUCUGAGAAUCCAGCAGAAUUGGAGAACUGGCUUUCAGAUCUGAAUCCAACUUCCAAGGAGGUGAUAUCAGAAGCAUAUGCUGUACCCUCGCUUGUCAAUGCUGUAGAAGGAGACAGAUUUCAGUUUGAGCGGCUUGGCUAUUUUGCUGUGGAUCCAGACUCUACGACAGAGAAGCUUGUGUUUAAUAGGACCGUUACCCUUCGUGAUUCCUACUCCAAAGGAGGAAAUAAAUAAAAACUAUCUGUAAUACAUCUUUUUUGUGCCAAUUGUGCAUGUAGUUUAAUAGAUUAUGAAAAUAUUGAAAUUGUGGUGGACUUGUCUGGAAAUUUAACAGGCACUUUCACUCUUUUCAUGUGCUUAUUUUGGAAAGCAUAAAUUAUCAUAAUUAAAUAUUUUCUUGUUUC